AUGUUACUUGAAGCAUAUCAUUUUACCGAUGAAACUGAUAGGAAAGCGUUGGUGGAGUUCAAGUCUCAAGUUUCUGAAAACAAAAGAGAUGUCUUGUCCUCAUGGAAUAACUCAUUCCCUCAGUCCAACUGGAAAGGAGUUACAUGCGGCCACAAACACAAGAGAGUUACUCAUUUACACCUCGGAGGAUUGCAAUUAGGCGGAGUGAUAUCACCAUCUAUUGGUAAUCUUUCGUUUCUAAUAUCACUUGAUCUCUCUAAUAACUCAUUUGGUGGAAUCAUCCCUCACGAGGUGGGAAACUUGUUUAGACUUGUAUACUUGGAUAUGAGUUUAAAUGAUCUCAGAGGAGAGAUUCCAAUUGGUCUAUUUAAUUGCUCAAGAUUGGUGGACCUUUCUUUAUAUUCAAAUCAUCUUGGAGGAGGUAUUCCUUCAGAGAUAGGGUCACUUACGAAUCUUUUCAAUUUGAAUCUUGGUGGAAACAAUUUGAAAGGGAAGCUCCCUACAUCUCUAGGAAACAUGACAUCAAUAUGGCAAGUUAGCAUAUAUGAUAACAAUCUAGAAGGAGAAAUUCCAUAUGAAAUAGCUAUUAGUUGGAAUCAAAUGGUCUUUCUUGAUAUAUCCAUCAACAAAUUCUCUGGUGUUUUUCCUCCCCAAAUCUAUAAUUUUUCCUUACUUCAGUACUUAUCCAUCAGCGAUAAUUAUUUCACGGGUUCUCUGAGAUCUGAUUUUGGUGAGCUGUUACCAAAUCUGCUAGAGUUAAAUAUGGGACGUAAUUAUUUCAAAGGAGUCAUUCCAACAACACUUUCCAAUAUCUCUACUCUCAAAAGGUUGGCAAUCGAUAACAACAAUCUCACGGGAAGUAUUCCUCCGAGUUUUGGAAAAUUGCGGAAUUUGCAAUACAUGGCUCUUCUUAAUAAUUCUUUAGGAAGUCACUCGUUUGGAGAUCUUGAAUUUCUUGGUGCUUUGACUAACUGCACCCAACUAAAAGUUUUAACAGUUUAUGGAAAUAGGCUUGGCGGUCACUUGCCUAUCUCCAUUGGGAAUCUGUCUAGAAACCUGUACGGUUUAAAUCUUGGAAACAAUUUCAUCUGUGGAAGCAUUCCUCACAACAUUGGGCAUCUCAUAAACCUACAAGCACUUAAGUUACAAGAAAAUCAGUUGAUAGGUAUACUCCCGGCCUCGAUUGGUAUGCUUUUACAAUUAGGAACACUAGAACUUAAUUUAAAUAGUAUAUCUGGAGAGAUACCAUCUUCUAUACGAAACAUCACUCGUUUAGACACACUGUACUUGUUUAACAAUAGCUUUGAAGGAACCAUUCCACCGGGCCUUGGUAAUUGUACUUCGCUACGGUUCUUAUGGAUUGGGUCUAAUAAGUUGGAUGGGCCUAUACCUCGGGAAAUUGUGCGGAUUCAAUCCCUUGUUGAACUAGACAUUUCAGAUAAUUUAUUGACCGGCUAUCUACCAAAAGAUGUUGGGCGACUUGAAAAUCUUGUUAGAUUAUCCGUUGCGCAUAAUAAAUUAUCCGGCGAACUUCCAAAUUCUUUGGGAAGUUGUCUCUCGAUGGUUACACUUUUUCUCCAAGGGAACUAUUUUGAUGGAGCCAUUCCGGAUAUAAGAGGAUUGAACGGUCUUAAAAGAGUAGAUUUCUCGAACAAUAGUCUCUUUGGGAGUAUACCUGGAUAUCUUGCAGACUUAUCCUCGUUGGAGUAUCUCAAUCUAUCUGUUAACAAUUUUGCAGGAAGUGUGCCAACAGAAGGAAAGUUUCAGAAUGCUACUAUAGUUUCAGUAUUUGGAAACAAAAAUCUAUGUGGAGGCAUCAAUGAAUUCAAACUAAAGCCAUGCUUUAAUGAAACACCAUCGAUGGGAUCAAAGCAUUCUUCUCUUUCAAAGAAACUUGUGAUUGGGGUCAGCGUAGAUGAAUCAAUUCUUCACAACGGUCUCAGAGUCGGUUUUCCUGCGGCUGAAUGCUUGACACUAAUUUUGGAGGUGGGACUUAGGUGUUGUGAAGAAUCUCCAGUGAACCGGUUGGCAACGAGUGAAGCCACAAAGGAGUUAAUCUCAAUCAGAGACAUGUUCUUUAAAGCUAGAAGAACAGCCAGACGUUGA